GUUUCAUUUAUUAUUUUGUGACUCAGGCCGUACAAAAUCAGUGAUAAAACCUUCAGUAUUGAAAUAAAAUUUAGUCAUUUUCUGGAAACUUAGCUGCCAACAUGUCUUUUGUAACUGAUGAGGAGUGGGCCGAGUAUAAGGCGAAGUUCAACAAGUCUUAUGAGGCUGAGGAGGACAUUAAUCGCCGUGGAUUAUACGAAAAAGCUAAAGCCAAAAUCGAGGAACACAAUCGUAGAUUCGAAAAAGGAGAAGUGACAUUUAAAAUGGGAAUCAACCAUUUGGCUGAUCUCACCCCUGAGGAAUUCGGUCAACGCUGUGGAAAAUAAGCAAUCUCAUCCAGAGAAUCUCUAUGUAUUUUUUAAAGUCAAACUAAUCUCUCUUAUUUUAAUUAUAAAUAUGCAUUUAAAAACAUUAUUUUUUGUACCCACCCACAAAAAUAAACAAUAAAUCAGCUGAUUGGGAUAAGAAAGUGA